AUGCGUGAACUCAAAACACAAUCCAGUAAAUUGAGACUUGGAAUGGAGUUUUUUUCUAACUCUUCCUUGUAUGUAGCGAAAUUCGUUUUACAUUUUUUAAUAUCUGCUGUGGGAUGGUGCAGAAUAGCUGCUUUGAGCUGGUGCAGAGUAGCUACUUUGGGCUGGAGCCGAAUAGCUGCUAUGAGAGGGAGCGGAAUAGCUACUAUGGGCUGGUGGUGCAGAAUAGCUGCUGUGGGCUGCUGGUGCAGAAUAGCUACUAUGGGCUGCUGGUGCAGAAUAGCUGCUGUGGGCUGCUGGUGCAGAAUAGCUGCUGUGGGCUGCUGGUGUCGAGUGCAGAGUAGCCACCCUUAA